CGAACACUGAACCACAAUCAAAUCGGAGAAAAUCGUGUGUGUGUGUGUCAAUGGCGGCUUUAAGCAUCUCACUAGCUUUCUCUGUUGAUUCUCUCAAACCAACCCAAUCAACGAAGUUUGGCUUCUCGUCUUCUUCACAUAGAUAUCCAUUACUCUACUCGUGUAAAUCUCACCGCUCCAAUCUCAGAUUCGCUUUCCCUCCUUCUUCAGUUUCGACAGCUACAGAAACUGGAGAAGAAAACUCUAAAUCGACCGGGAAUUACGCGUUUCUAGAGGAAUCGUUUCGUACCGGGAGGUUUUUGAGUAACGAUGAGUUAGAGAAGCUUAAAACUCUUGAAGGAUUUGCGUAUUUUCAAGAGCUUGAAUCUGGAUCGAUGUGGGUUCGAGUUAUGAGACAUGAAGAGAUGGAUUCAACGGUGCAUCUAUUGGCUGAGUCAUUUGGUGAAUCGAUGUUAUUACCUUCUGGUUAUCAGUCUGUGUUACGGUUUUUGAUUAAGCAGUAUUUGAUUGAGAGAAGAGAAGUGUUGCCACACGCAGUUACUUUAGUUGGUUUCUUUAGGAAAAAAGUUGAUGAGUUUAGUGAUGAUGGAGAGGAGGAGGCUGUGAUGGCUGGAACUGUUGAGGUUUGUUUGGAGAAACGAGGCGCUAAUGCUUCUCCUCCUUCUCCAACUCCUCCUAAGGAAUCACCUUAUAUCUGUAACAUGACUGUCAAAGAGGAUCUUAGAAGGAGAGGAAUUGGGUGGCAUUUGUUGAAGGCGAGUGAGGAACUGAUAUCUCAGAUUAGUCCAUCAAAAGAUGUAUACUUGCAUUGUAGGAUGGUUGAUGAGGCUCCUUUCAAUAUGUACAAGAAGGCAGGAUACGAGGUUGUUAAGACAGAUACAGUUUUGGUCCUUCUGAUGUUACAGCGGCGUAAGCAUUUGAUGCGGAAGAAACUUCUUCCACUAUGCACCAAUCCUAUAGUAGAAAUGGUGGGGUCUGAUAAUGAGCUGACCUCCUCUGCAAAUGUGUAAACAUGGGUACAGUUUUUCCAUCAGUGUACCAAUUAGCUUUUAGUCUUCUUCUCAACCUUUUCUGAAUUUAUAACAAACAUUGUGAUUGGCUUUAUUAUGUAGGAGCUAAAUGUGACAUGACCAAGGGUCGGGUUGAUAAUCCCGUUUGCUUCGACCUAUUGUUUAUAUGAUCUUAGUAGAGGUUUCCAUUUUGCAUAUAUUCAUAUACUAGGAACCGGUGUUUCCCAUCUGCACAAUAGCCGAUCAAAGAGACCAGAUUUGGGUGGUCGAGUCUGCUCAAGAUAUCCACCUCCACACGAAAUUCUCUUUCUCCGUCAGCCUUUUUAAACGUAGGUAAAUCCAUCUUCUUGAUUGCAACAACCUUCAAAUAACAAGGGAUUAAGAUAUGUAUCCUACUCUAAUAGCUCCUCUUCGAUAGAAAAGUUUUUGUAACAUUACAAAGCCUGUAAAUCACAUAAAUGAAGCUAUAUAGUUCCUACC